UAGCCCCGCCUAUUGAACAACAAUCAAAAUGGCGGCCGCAACAACUUGCAGUAGACGUCUUCUUCAGCAAUCCUCUCUCUUAUUGCGAGGUCUAUCUGGAGCUAGAAAAUUCUCCUUAUAUCGAAAAGGACCAGAAAUAAACUACGAGACACUGAAGGAAUUGGAGCCAGUAAAACUACCUGGUAAACUAAAUGACUGGGCUGGGAACGUUCUUUAUCCUAACGAAGACUCUGCUAUAUGGGACGUCACAAACUUUGUCCCAACGAAACCAAUCACUAAUCUGACAAUGAAUUUUGGUCCCCAGCAUCCUGCUGCCCAUGGGGUACUUCGUCUAGUCAUGGAACUCAGCGGAGAAACUGUAGUAAAGUGUGAUCCUCACAUUGGUUUGCUACACAGAGGGACAGAGAAAUUGAUUGAAUACAAGACGUAUCUUCAAGCUCUGCCAUACUUUGACAGACUGGAUUACGUAUCAAUGAUGUGCAAUGAGCAGUGCUUCUCUCUUGCCGUUGAGAAUCUCCUUGGCAUAGAGGUUCCAAAAAGAGCCAAGUACAUACGCACCAUGUUUGGAGAGAUCACCAGAAUACUCAACCACAUAAUGUCAGUCACCAGUCAUAUCCUUGAUGUUGGAGCCAAUACUCCUUUCCUGUGGCUUUUUGAGGAAAGAGAAAAAAUGAUGGAGUUCUACGAGAGGGUUUCGGGCGCUCGGUUGCAUGCAGCAUACGUUCGUCCUGGAGGCGUGGCUCAGGAUCUUCCUCUCGGACUGAUGGACGAUAUUUAUGAUUUCAUUUCGAAUUUUUCUGUUCGUCUUGACGAGGUGGAGGAGUUAUUAACUAAUAACAGAAUAUGGAAGCAGAGAGUGGUAGAUAUAGGCGUGGUGCCUGUACAGACAGCACUGGACUAUGGCUUCAGUGGUGUAAUGUUAAGAGGUUCUGGUGUCAAGUGGGAUCUAAGGAAGGUCCAACCAUACGAUGCUUAUGAUGAGGUCGAUUUUGAUGUCCCCAUCGGUCCCAAUGGUGAUUGCUAUGAUCGAUAUCUCUGUCGCAUGGAGGAAAUGAGACAGAGUCUAAGGAUCAUUCUACAGUGCAUGAACCAAAUGCCUGAGGGAGAGGUAAAGGUUGACGAUGCUAAGAUAACCCCGCCCAAAAGAGCGGAGAUGAAGGAUUCAAUGGAGGCUUUGAUUCAUCACUUUAAACUGUUUACUGAAGGAUACAACGUACCACCUGGUUCUACCUAUACUGCCAUUGAAGCACCUAAAGGUGAAUUUGGUGUAUAUUUGGUGUCUGAUGGUUCCAGUAAACCUUAUAGAUGCAAGAUCAGAGCACCAGGAUUCUAUCAUUUGGCUGGACUCCAUAUGAUGAGUAAGGGCCACAUGUUGGCUGAUGUUGUAGCUAUCAUUGGUACUCAAGAUAUUGUAUUUGGUGAAGUCGAUCGCUAACAAACAUCCACAGACACACACACACACACUUAUAUACACUCAGUCAGAACUAUAAUGAUACUAAUAAUAAUGAUAGUAAUGAAUAUAAUUUUGUUGAUAUUUAAUAAUAAUAAUAAUAAUAAUAAUAAUAAUAACCUAAUGAUGAUGUAUAUUUUGUGUAUGAUGUAAUUCAUUAUGAAUGUACUCUGUGAUGCAA